CAUCCGAGUUAGAUGGAGUCUUGCUUGGCGCCCAGCCCCUGCGCGUCCCCCAUGGCCCCGUGGAGCCGAGAGGCGGUGCUGAGUCUCUACCGGGCUCUGCUGCGCCAGGGCCGGGAGCUCCGCUACACCGACCGGGACUUCUAUCUCGCCUCCAUCCGCCGUGAGUUCCGGAAAAAUCAGAAGCUAGAGGAUCCCAAGGCCCGGGAGAGGCAGCUGGAAAAGGGCCUGGUCUUCCUCCAGCGCAGACUGGGGGGCCUGAUUUAAGACCCUCUCCUGUCCUCGUCCAUCCUGAUUCCCAGGGAGGGAGGGCACAGGUGCCUUCUGCGGACCGCCUGCGCGCCCACCCCCGCCUCACAGAUGCAGUAGCAGCUGCAGGUGAGCAAUGGCAGGCGCUGGCCAGCGCAAAGGCAAGAAGGAUGACAAUGGCAUCGGCACGGCCAUUGACUUUGUGCUCUCCAAUGCCCGGCUGGUGCUGGGGGUGGGCGGAGCAGCCAUGCUGGGCAUCGCUACGCUGGCUGUGAAACGGGUAAG